UUCUGGCACUUUGUACUCCGGCACCAUUGGUGGAUCAAUAUUUAAUGCCCGGAGAUUCUGGCUCUGCAGGAGUCAUGUCAGGGGACCUCUCGAGCCAAUCUGCUUGGGUGGAGGAGUGAUAAUUAUUCAUGGGCUCCUGCCUCUUGCUCCUUCUCUUGCACAGCCCCACUCUGCUGACUCAGUGCCUUAUUCAGUCUUCUCUCCCUCUCUCCACUGCUGUAGCUGGACCCCUUUGCCUUCUCCGCCUCUGAGAGCUGCACAUCCCAGCAUGGCUAAAACAGCAAUGGCUUACAAGGAAAAGAUGAAGGAGCUGUCCAUGCUCUCGCUGAUCUGCUCCUGUUUUUACCCGGAACCUCGCAACAUGAACAUCUACAAAUAUGAUGACAUGGAAGUGAAACAAAUCAACAAACGUGCCUCAGGCCAGGCCUUUGAACUGAUCCUAAAGCCGCCUUCUCCAGUCUCAGAAGCACCACGAACUUUAGCUUCUCCAAAGAAGAAAGAACUCUCUCUUGAGGAGAUCCAGAAAAAGCUGGAGGCUGCAGAGGAGAGGAGAAAGUCCCAGGAGGCCCAGGUGCUGAAACAUCUGGCAGAGAAGAGAGAACAUGAGCGAGAAGUGCUUCAAAAAGCUUUGGAGGAGAACAAUAACUUCAGCAAAAUGGCAGAGGAAAAGCUGAUACUGAAAAUGGAACAGAUCAAAGAAAACCGUGAAGCUAAUAUAGCUGCUCUUAUUGAACGCCUCCAAGAGAAGGAGAGGCAUGCUGCAGAGGUCCGUAGAAACAAGGAGCUCCAGGUGGAACUGUCUGGCUGAAAACAGCAAUGGUGGAUGUGACCCAUCCCCACCAUUAGUAAACUCCCCCUGCCUAUAUUAUUAUGGAUCAUGCGAUAUAAGUAUGGGAAAUGUAUGACGUGGUUUAAAAAAAAGGUAAAAACAAGAACUCAAUAAAAAACUUUAAAAAGAAACAAAAAAAUAAAAACAAAAUCAAUGCGGUCUCUUUGCAGAAUGAUUUGCUUGAUGUUUAAAAAACUUGGAUCUUAUUUUGUAAAUACUUACAUUUUUGUUAAAAAAUACAAUUAUUGCAUUAUGCAAGUUAUUUCAUAAUCUUACAUGUCCUGUAACAGGCUUCUGAUGUUGUCUAUUUCCACUUGGUUGAAUUUGCUGGGUCUGUUCAUUUGAAGCACCUCGUGUCUAAUUCCAUUCCCUGCGACUUCUCAUUCCAACCCACCAUGAGGUCAGUAGUAGUUCUAUGGUGCUAGAGGCCAAUCAUUGCCUAAUAACCUAGACUGCUUUGCCAUCUAUAAGCUUUCUUGAAACAGUGACUAGAUCACAAGUAUUAUGACUUCACAUUCAGCUGUCAAAGACAAAAGGCUCUUAAAAUGGUUUUUCAAAUGCAACUUAUGCUGCAGGGCUCUGUACUGUGCUGUACAAUUGAGGCUGAAUUGCCACGUAGCAUUUUUGUUGCCUCUGCUUUUUGAGGUGAGAGGCAACAAAAACAUCUGUGCAACAGAAUGAAAUGAAGCAAAAUCAGUUUGAGACAAAUUUAAAAGAGGCACGUUGUAACCAUCAAGCUAUGACAAGUUUUGGGUUAUCCAAACAGCCAUAAAAAUGCUAAUUGUAAAGUGAGCUUAAUUCACCACUUGAAAAUUUAUUGAUGGAGCAACUAAUAGAUAGCAUCAAGUGGCUUUAUCUGUAGGUGCCAUGAUCUAUGAUACUUAUCUGAUGCUACCACAUUACAUGUGUAAUAGUACAAGAGGCUACAGAGUAUUUCACCUGGAACCAUGAGCCAGUCGUUACUGUUUUUUUAUGACACUGCUGACUUCCAUUCAUCAUGACCUUUACUCUUCAGUGUUAGCCAAUCCUACCUAGGGACAGACAUCUAGGACUAAGAGGGCUGAAGCAGGAGGAAUGACUAGACAGGGUGCUUGUGCCAAGUACAAUAUCACCAAACCCAACACAUCAUCCCCAAAAUAGCUGCAGUUUUGAAGUUGUCCCUACCCCCCCUGGAGGUUGCUGCCUGCAUAUUCUACUCUUCAUUAGUGCUAUUUUCCUGUAUGUCAUUGUGAGCAAGCUGUGAUUAAUAAAGAAUUGGGGUUCUGUGAACUGAAAAA